UCAGUGAAGAACGAUGGCGUCUGUUAAACGAAAGCUUUAUGACACACUGGAUGAUCUGGAAGAAGAAAAAUUGAAGAGAUUUAAAAGCUACUUAAGAGAAGAUGGAAAUAUUAAAGUGUCUGUACUGGAGAAAGCAGAUGCAACUGACACAGUAGAUCAGAUGCUGGAUCGUUUUGGACCAGAAAGAGCUGUGAAGAUCACACUGGAUAUCCUGAAAAAGAUGAACCAGAACCAUCUUGCUAAACAGUUAGAGAACAGUAAAAAAGUCAAGACAAUCAGCUGUGCUUAGACUGAAGUCAGAGUUGAUCUAAAUACUGAAACAGGUGCAAAAGUCAAUGCUACAA